AUGAUCGCCACUCGUCUGUGGGCCUGUAUGGCGGCUCUGGUGUUCAUCAACUACUUCGCCUGGUUCCACAUGCACUCGGCCACACACGUUCGCAAGCUCUGGAACUCGUCCGCGAACGGAAUGUCAACCGAGCAAGCCGGCGGACCGGAUCCUGACACAAUUGUGUUCAGCCUGCUCAUGCUAGGCGCGACCACCGCGCGGGAGGGCUCGCAAAUGAUGAAGUCAAUCCUGAUGCAUGCUACACGGCCAGUGGACUUCCAUAUUGUAUGCACUCCGGACGCGGUACCGGUACUGGAAUCCCCGCUGUCCCUCAUACACAACCCUGCCCACGGCAUACGCGUCAGGCUGUACGUGGUCGACGAGCAGUACGCGUUCGAGCGCGUCCGCCGAAGCGGCGUGGGCAAUCCCAACAUGUACCAGCUGGUCAAGCUAUUCCUACACGAGAUCAUACCGGCAGAGAAGGCGAUAUAUGUCGAUACCGAUGCACUGUUCAGUUACGAUCCGGCUGCACUCUGGCGCGAAUUCGAGCGUUUCACACCUACUACAAUCGCAGCCAUCACCGCAAAGGAGGAAGCAGGACAUGCAGGGAGCAUAUGCUCUUGCGUGAUUCUCCUCAAUCUCGCGAUGAUGCGCUCACGUUCUGCACCGCUCAUGCCCUCCACUCUCCUACCUUCUACCGCCUCUACCGCACUCGUGGCUGAGCCAUUCAGGCUCGCAGCAGCAGACGGCGUGGUAGACCUUGCAUUCGGCGGUCAGGCUGUUGAUCGCACCAACCGGGUUCCAUGGGACCCCAUGAACGUCGUCUUCGCUGAUCAAGGGGUAUACGCACUCCUAUACACGUAUCGACGCGACCAGUUCGUGCGUCUUCGCCAGGACUGGGACAUUUCCUACUGCGAUAACAUCUACAGUGUGGAUCCGGGCAAGCUCUCUGAUAUGGCCACGGAAACGGAGGCGUUGGAAAUCUCCCUGGAAACCAAUGGAUAUGCGGAAAACCGCUGGAAAGAUGGUUCGCUUGUACCAGGCAUUAUUCACUUCAAUUGCAUCGAUCACGGCGAUAAUGCUUGGGAUGAGGGGUCCGGCGUAUUCGAAACCACCUGGGGCUCUUAUGCGACUCAUGUUGUGAAGUACAAGUGGAUAUGGCUUAACCGAGGCGACGGGUCGGCCGGCGUGGACGUUCAGAUUAUUGAUGAUAGCUACGAUUAUGGGGCGGACGUGGUUGACCUAGGCACCGCUGAAUCGGAAGAUACAACGAAGACGGUGCUUGCAGCGGGAGAGCUGACGCUCGCUGUGGCGACAGACGAGGUGGAACUCGUACUAGCAACGGACGAGAUGCUUGUGGUCGCACUGGAAAGCAACGAGCCGCUAACCGACACCACGACGGUGGAGGGGAUCGUGCCAACAGCAGAGACAGCGGUCGCGGAUGAAGCGAUGCCCGUGGCGGUAGAGGGCUCGACGAUAAUAGACGUGGGGAAGGCUGAAUUGGAGAUCGGGAGGGGCAACGAGGCCGACGGGAAAACCGAGAAUGACGUCGCGACCGAAAAAGGCAGAGACGAGGGGUAG